AUCCCGGCUUAUUUUAGCAGAACGCAAUGAGCUUAAAGAAAUCCCCAUCACGAUUCGAGAGCAGAGCCGUUCUCCUUUCUCCGAUCUCCACAAAUCUGAAACCCUUUUUCUUCUUUCAUUCCUCCUCCAAUCGGUGACCGUCAGAUCUUCUUUACAACCUACCAACCAGCUCUAAAUCAUCACCGUUGAUUUCAUCAAAAGAUCUCUACUCCCUCUUCCUCUCUUGCCUGCCUGCGCGCGGACGUGAUGAGGCCUGCAGAGGACAUCUAACGAAUGAAUCAUUUCUUCCAUGGAUCUCCCAAGAUGGACGGCUGCGAUCUUUUGAUUUCUGGAAGCAACAGAGUAGGAAGAUUAUCACGAUUUCUUCGAACAUGGCGGCUGAGGUUUCGCAGAGUUGGGUUUCUUCAUACAAGGGCAUGUCCUCUGACAACAUCAAAGGGUUGGUCCUUGCACUGUCGUCGAGUUUCUUCAUCGGUGCCAGCUUCAUUGUCAAGAAAAAGGGUCUGAAGAAGGCCGGUGCUUCUGGAGUUAGAGCAGGAAGUGGAGGUUAUUCGUACUUAUAUGAACCACUUUGGUGGGCAGGCAUGGUAACAAUGAUUAUUGGGGAAGUUGCUAACUUCGCUGCAUAUGCAUUCGCGCCUGCAAUCCUUGUCACUCCUCUUGGCGCACUCAGCAUUAUUAUCAGUGCUGCACUUGCUCAUAUUAUUUUAAGGGAGAAGCUGCAUGUUUUUGGUAUUCUUGGCUGUGUCCUGUGUGUUGUGGGCUCAAUAACAAUUGUUCUACACGCCCCUCAGGAGCGUGAGAUUGAGUCUGUUAAGGAAGUAUGGGAUCUCGCCACAGAGCCAGGUUUUCUUUUCUAUGCAGUGACAGUGAUAGCGUCAGUUUUUAUACUUAUAUUCCAUUUUAUCCCACAGUAUGGGCAAACACAUAUAAUGGUGUAUAUUGGGGUUUGUUCACUUGUAGGUUCUCUGUCGGUAAUGGGUGUCAAAGCGCUUGGAAUUGCUUUGAAAUUGACAUUUUCGGGGAUGAAUCAGUUAACAUAUCCCCAAACAUGGGCUUUCACUAUAGUUGUAGUUACGUGUAUUGUCACUCAGAUGAACUAUUUAAACAAGGCCCUUGACACAUUCAACACAGCAGUUGUAUCGCCCAUAUACUAUGUGAUGUUUACGUCCUUGACCAUUUUGGCUAGUGUGAUAAUGUUCAAGGACUGGGAUCGGCAAAAUCUAACUCAAAUUGUCACGGAGAUGUGUGGAUUUGUGACCAUCCUUUCUGGGACAUUUCUUCUUCACAAAACGAAGGACAUGACCGAUGGUCUAACACAGUCCCUAUCCUUGCGUUUUAAGCAUGCAGAUGAGGACCGCUUCGAUCCUGAAGGCAUCCCCCUUAGGCACCAGGAAUCCCUGAGGGACCCGUGAUGUAUUUAUGUUAGUCUUCACCCUGGCCCACCAACAUUCGGAACUCUCUGCCAUCACCACCCUUGUAUUUCAUAUUCUUUUCAGAUGGAAAGCCCAAAGAGGGCAUUUUAGAUGUGGCCCUGAUGAAGUAGAUGGGCCUUUUCCCUUGCAUGGGACCCUGGAGAAAUGUCAACAGAGCACAUUGGUUAUAGUAUAAUCUUUUAGCUUCAAUCGCUCACAAAGCUGGAACAGAUAUUCUAUGAUGCAAUUCAUUUGUAAAAUUCAGGAAAAUGAACUUCUAUUAGCGAAAAGAAAUCAAUGGUUGAUGUGUGCUGUCAUGGGGUCCUCUUAUAUCAAGAAACUCUAUUCAGGUUACUGAU